AUGUGGCCUGAAGUAAAGAUAGUUCAUGGAAAAGCUCGUCACAGUCAAUCUCAAGGUUCUGUAGAACGUGCCAAUCAAGAUAUAGAAAGUAUGAUUGCGACCUGGAUGGACGAAUAACACAAAAAAUGGUCAGAAUCUUUAAGAUUCGUGCAAGCUAUAAAGAACGGAGCUUUUCAUUCCGGAAUAAAACGCUCUCCAUAUGAAGCCAAGUUUGGAACUAAAAUGAAAAUGGGAUUAGCAAGUUCAAUCAUUCCAAAAAAUAUAUUAACAAACCUUCAAACAGAAGAAAAUUUAGAGGGAUUACUUACACACCCAAACUUAAAACCAAUUAAAGUUGUCGAGAUUGAUGAAGAAAUUGGAGUCGUCAAAGAACCUGUGGAUUUAAAAAGGAACGAGAGAAAUUGA